CUCAACAGUGGAAGUGAAACACGAUGAAGAUCCUCUUCUUAUCUGUCCUUCUGGCAGCGGCUACAGCCCAGACCUUCCUGGGCCAGCCCGCAAAUCUGGUCAUCCGUCUCAACCAGAACAAAGUCGCCUUGCAGCCGAACCAGGACAGCUUCCAGCAAGGUACCAGGGACUCCCAGCUCGGAACAAACAACCACCAGCAAAGAGUUGGGUUAGGAUCCCAGCAAAGUUCCAGAGAUUCUCAACAAAGACUUGCUGCUGCCCAACAGGGAACUGACAGCUUCCAGAAAAGUUCCAGAGAUUCUCAACAAAGACAUGCCACUACCCAACAGGGAGCUGACAACUUCCAGCAAAGUUCCAGAGCUUCUCAACAAGGACUUGCUGAUGCCCAACAGGGAACUGACAGCUUCCAGCAAAGAUCCAGGGACUCUCAACAAAGGCUUGCCACUACCCAACAUGGAACUGGCAGCUUCCAGCAAAGUUCCCGAGAUUCUCAACAAAGACUUGCUGAUGCCCAACAUGGAACUGACAGCUUCCAGCAAAGUUCCCGAGAUUCUCAACAAAGACAUGCCACUACCCAACAGGGAACUGGCGGCUUCCAGCAAAGUUCUCGAGACUCUCAACAAAGACAUGCUGCUGCCCAACAGGGAACUGGCAGCUUCCAGCAAAGUUCCCGAGACUCUCAACAAAGACAUGCUGCUGCCCAACAGGGAACUGACAGCUUCCAGCAAAGUUCCCGAGAUUCUCAACAAAGACUUGCUGCUGCCCAACAGGGAACUGACAGCUUCCAGCAAAGUUCCAGAGAUUCUCCACAAAGACAUGCCACUACCCAACAGGGAACUGACAGCUUCCAGCAAAGUUCCAGAGAUUCUCAACAAAGACAUGCCACUACCCAACAGGGAACUGGCAGCUUCCAGCAAAGUUCCCGAGAUUCUCAACAAAGACUUGCUGCUGCCCAACAGGGAACUGACAGCUUUCAGCAAAGUUCCCGAGACUCUCAACAAAGACAUGCCACUACCCAACAGGGAACUGACAGCUUCCAGCAAAGUUCCAGAGAUUCUCAACAAAGACAUGCCACUACCCAACAGGGAACUGGCAGCUUCCAGCAAAGUUCCCGAGAUUCUCAACAAAGACUUGCUGCUGCCCAACAGGGAACUGACAGCUUCCAGCAAAGUUCCCGAGACUCUCAACAAAGACAUGCCACUACCCAACAGGGAACUGGCGGCUUCCAGCAAAGUUCCCGAGAUUCUCAACAAAGACUUGCCACUGCCCAACAGGGAACUGGCAGCUUCCAGCAAAGUUCCCGAGAUUCUCAACAAAGACUUGCUGCUGCCCAACAGGGAACUGGCAGCUUCCAUCAAAGUUCCCGAGAUUCUCAACAAAGACAUGCCACUACCCAACAGGGAACUGGCAGCUUCCAGCAAAGUUCCCGAGAUUCUCAACAAAGACUUGCUGCUGCCCAACAGGGAACUGACAGCUUCCAGCAAAGUUCCCGAGAUUCUCAACAAAGACUUGCUGCUGCCCAACAGGGAACUGACAGCUUCCAGCAAAGUUCUAGAGAUUCUCAACAAAGACUUGCCACUGCCCAACAGGGAACUGACGGCUUCCAGCAAAGUUCCCGAGAUUCUCAACAAAGACUUGCUGCUACCCAACAAGAGCUCAACAGCUUCCAGCAAAACUCCCGUGGUUCUCAGCAAAUUUCGGCCAACUUUCAACAAGAACUUAGACGACCCCAGCAAGUGUCUGGAACAAGCCAAGUUACUUUCAACAGUAAUCAGCAGAGGUCUGACCGAUUCCAAGAAAGUUCCCUUGCGGCAAAUCAAGGCAUCAGGGCAAAUCACCAAACUUCAGGAAGGUUCCAGCAAGACUCUGGUGUAACCCGAGAAGUUUUUGAUAAUAAUGAAGGAGAAAAUAACCUGUUCCAACUGAGUUUCUCAGGAUCUGCACAAGGCCUUACUGGAGGGUCUAGCCAAGUCUUGCAGAGAUCCAGCGAUUCCCAGGGAGGGAAUACAUUACAGCAGGGGGCCAGUGCACUGCAACUAAACAACAACCAGAGGACGAGCAACUUCCAGCUGGGGUCGACAGACUUCCAGUCACAGAGAAGACAAACGUCGCUGAGUCAGCUUCAACAGGGCACCGGGAGACUGUUUCUUCAAGGAAGCAAUUUACAGACCAGUGCCAACUCACAGCUCAUUAACAAUCAAAUCUCAGGUUCAGGAGCUGUAAGAUUCAGUGAAACUCUGAAGGAGGAAGUGAAUGGCGUGUUGGAGCCCCUAAACCUGCCCUCCGGUGCCAGGCUUCUGUUGGGAGACAUCAGCACCACCUUCAGCUGUACUAAUCAGCCUUACGGGUACUUCGCUGACGAAGAGAACUUCUGCAGAGUCUUCCAUGUGUGUUACCCGGUGAUGUUGAUCAACGGCAUCAUCAAGACCAACCAAUAUAGCUUCAUGUGUGGCGAGGGAUCUAAGUUUGACCAGAGAGAGACGACUUGUGUCCACGACGCUGACGCCAUCCCUUGUAACACUUCCUCCCAGUUCUACGCCAAGAACGCCCAGUUUGGUUUUCCUCAGGAUCGAGAUGCUUUCAAGAAGUAACUUCUACACCCGCAUAAAACUGACUCUGAAGACGGAGAGAAGUUGUUCAGGAGACCCACUACCUCUCCCUCCCCCCCCGUGUGGCCUCCUUACUGUUGUGUGUGUGUGAACCUCAACAGCUAACGGCCUCCUGAAGCACGUAAACAAAACUGAUAUAAUAUUUUAGUAUAGUUCCUCUGAACGGAUGGUGUCUAUGUAUCACCUCUUCAGACAUUCAUAAAUCUCUCAAUUAGAUAAAAAAAAAUGUAUGUUAUCUUCCAAAUCAAUUUUUGGAUCAUAAUGGACCUGCAGAGGGUGUGUCGAUCUUAAUAAAUAAACCUAGACUUCAAUUUUAC